AUCACUAGCCCAGAAAGCUCACAUCAGCCUUGGCCGCUCAUGGUUGGUGGCCCCAUCGCGGCAGCUAUUGUGCGGGCUGUGGUUGGGAAGGAGGAUUGCACGCAUGGCAUGCGGCAGUGAAGAGAAAUUGUGCGCAUUGGGCAACCGCCUGUUAUCAACCAUCACUGUCCAUGUAGCAUGGAGACCACCUUCGUCUAGCAGAAGUGUCGAAAUAGCACGUGACACGCCGAGCAGGCCUGGAGACAAUGGUGCACACUCAACACGAAGCAUUUCUACACAAUGGAUUGGAAGGCCGUGCAGGUUCUGGCGGAUGUGCACAAUGACAACAUUGCCAACGCAAUGGCAAGGUUUUUCAUGUCGCUACGUGAGAGCUUUUGACAUAUCUAUACGACUCUACGGCAUUAACACACGGAUUUUUCGGAGUAAGUCCGCCAUCGAGCAACGCUCCAGCAUGCAUGAGCCCUCGCUCGGUGUGCGUUCCUUGCCCAGAUGGACAAUCCUUCUCCAUGAGCGCAGAGUGCUCCUAGCAUACACGUCCAGGAUAUAUCCGACGACCGAAGAGACUCACCGAACCGUACGAUUAAUACCAGUCCGUCGCCGCCACUCCCUGUCCCUGCGGCUCUACACACCCUCAACGAGCUUUGCCUUCGCAGCAGCGUGACGGACAGUGUGGGCGUGAAGGUGCCGCAGCAGAAUGGAAUUGUCUGUACUGACCGCCUUGACGCUUAAAAUGGCCUCUCCAACCACCCGUCCUCUCGUUC